UGCUGAGCAGGGAGCCGGAUGCAGGACUCAAUCUCAGGACCCUGGGAUCAUGACCUCAGCCGAAGGCAGAUACUUAACUGACUGAGCCACCCAGGUACCCCUGUUUUCUAUAUCUUUUUCACCUGCACAUUAAUAAAAGUACAGAUUAGACUGCUAUAACAAAGAGACCAUGGAAAUACCGUGGCUGCAACAAGUUAGAAGGUUAUCUCUCUCUCACCUAACAAUGCAGAGAUAGGCAGGUUGUUCAGGCUCCUCCUAUCUUGUCACAUGGCCACACUUAGCUACAAGGGAGGCUGCUGUAAAUUUAGUCACUGGCUGGGUAGCCAAAACUCUGAGGAAGGAGAUUCUAACAGUAAAAGGGAGAGGGGGAGAUUGGACAUAGGGACACAAUAAGCAAGCUCUCCCAGGCCUGUGUGUUGGCUUCCUUUUUUCCUACUGCAAGGAGGCUUUCUCCAGGCACUGGGGCACGUGGCAGCUGAUAGCUCCAGACUUGUACCCUCCCAGCUUGAUGACCCUGAAAGAAAGGCUUCUUCCUUCCAGUUCUAAUUUGGGGAAGUACCACAGAAAGGUUCUCAGUGGCUUCUGGUGAGUCCCAUACCCUCUUGGAUUAAUCACUGCGGCCAAGGCCAUACAAUAAAUCUGAUCUGGGUCAUGAGCUUUCCUCCAUCCCCGCCAUGGUAGAGAAACAGCAGAGUCCAUUACCAAAGCAAGGUGCUGGGCAGACAGAAACAAUAGCUACUGCAAACAGUAAAAGAGUCUAUAAUUAUGGACUGAUACUGUUAGAAAGGCUGUUGACAGUCUUAAGUGUCCUAGGAAAGGCCAGCUGGACUCUGUCUCCAUGGUGGCUCUCACCCCAGGGACAAUCUGUCACCAGAUAAUUACCUUUAAAACCCCAGAGAAGAAAGUCUCUUUGUCCUCAUAAUACUCCCAGAAGAGCAGACCGAUAGGAGAGACCUCGGAUGGGACUCUUUCCAAUUGGCUUAGGGUAGAGGGGGGAUUCACUGGCUUGUGGAGUUGAUAAGGCCAGGGGCAGAUGGGGCUUCAGGCCAUAGUCCAAGACUCACAACAGCAUCAUCAGGGAUCUGUCUCUUCAGCUCUUGACCCUGCUUCCCUCUGAGCUGGCUUCAUUCUCAGGCUUCAUGAGUGACCCUGCAGCUCCACUUAUUGGUAGAAAGAGCUCCCCUUCCUUCUUUUUUUUUUUUAAGAUUAUUUAUUUAUUUAUUUAUUUGAGAGCGAGCGAGAGCACAAACGGGGAGAGGCAGAGGGAGAGGGAGAAGUAGACUCCCCACUGAUCAGGGAGCCUGACGCAGGGCUGGAUCCCAGGACACCGAGAUCAUGACUGGAGCCGAAGGCAGCUGCUUAACCAACUGAGCCACCCAGGCGUCCCAGGAGCUCCCCUUCCUUGACAAAACCCCUGGACUUGGCUGUCUUUGGCCCAAACCUGGGAUGUAUCCAGCCUCAAGUAAUCAUUGUGUCCAGGAAGGUGGGGAAUGCACUGAUUGCCUAGACCUGGGGCACAUACCCACAUGGACUGAGAGCUGGUGCCUGCUGGUUGGGGGGAGGGGUGCGAUAUUACCACAAGAGGGGAUGAAUGGAUGCUGGGCAGGAAAAAUCACCUGCUGUCCACUUCAGGCCUGUUCCUUUUCUCCGGUUGUCUUCACUGUCCUCAGUCUCCCUGCCUACCCUUACCGCCUGUCCAGUCUCUCAUUGCCCUUGGUCUUAUGGGGGGAGGGUGCCUCGUGAGAGGUACCUGGGCCUGGCACAGAGAAGAUGUUGGUUAGCCAAAGUGGAGUGUUCAAUAAAGAGCCACUUAGAGGAUGCUCCUUUGCCUGGAACUGCUUCCUCAUGGACCCCAUAGCACCUUGUGGAGGGUCCUUUGUCAAAGUCUAGAUAGAAUUCUAGUUAUGUACUUGUGUUCUUAUCUGAGCCCACCCAGCUGUGAGCUCCUGAGGAGUCAGGUGUGCACCUGUGGGUAUCCAGCACGUACUUAAUGGGGUGAGUGUGUGGAUGUGAGCCCCUCCUCCUCUGAUUCCCUAUCCAGCCUAGAUAAGUCUCAUGUUGCAGGAUCCCUGGUGCAGGCAACAAGGUUGAAUGACUGACUCAUGUGCCUCCUAUUGACUGAUUCUGUUGCAUGUCGUUGCACAGCACUCCCGUGGUUAGUUGGGAUCUGCAGUGGCUUCUGAAUUAGUCACUUCUGCAUGGGCCAUUUCACUCAGCCUAAGGCCACAGUUCCUUCUUAGUCACUCUGACCCAUGUGGCUUAUAACAGACUUGAAGUGACUCAGACCAAUAUUGCUUCUAUUUAGUAUAUCCUUGGAAGUUUCUCAGCUAUAACGAAGGGAUCUUUGUUGCUAGGGAGACCUUUCUUGGUGUAAUGAUCUGGCCAGUGAGAGCCCACAGGGGUCUAAAACAUGGAGCCCCAGACAUGUUCUUACUUGCCCUCAGCCCAUUUCCAAGGCAUAUUGGCAUUAAUGGACCCGGUUGGUUGCCUUGGAUGAUCAGAUCUAGCUGGCUGGUCCCCUGAGGGUAGCUUCUGUGGAGCCACAAGGCCCCUGUAAUGACAUUGGCAGUGUUGAGACAAGGUGUUAAAGCUUGGUUAUUUCAAAACAGUUGUCAGCAAAGUAUCCUGCCAGCUUGGACCAGUUUCUGUAAAUCCAUGAUCACUGGAACUCUUCCAAAGUCCCCAGAAAUGGCCUUUUGCUUUUCUAGAACAUACACGUGAUGCCUGUAGCGCUACGAAGGUGUGACCCUGCCCACUUGCUGCAUCUCUCAUGUACUCAUUUAACAAAUACUUGUUGAGCCAGUGCUGAGUGCCAGGCCCUCCCUUACUUAGCUUCUGGAGAUACGGUGGAGAAUAAGAUGGAGCCAGACCCUGUCUGGAGGGAUCUUACGGAUUAGUAGGAGAGAAAGCCAAGGAAACAGAGUUCUCUGAUGGAGGCCUGGGGGCCCUUUUUUCGGGUCAUAGUGGUGAAGAAUGUGGGCACUGGAGGCAGGCAGAUCAAAUCCCAGCCCUGUUGUUUACUAGCCUUGUGACUUUGGGCAAGUUAUCUCCUCUUGUGGAACCUCGGAUUUCUCAUCCGUAAAAUGGAGAACAUGCAUAGGGGUUGUUAGGAGGAUUUAAAUGCAUUCAUACGUGUAAAGCAGGAGUCCUGGCUCAGGGUAAGCCUCAAUGACUGGUAGGUUUAACAAUUAUUAUUAGGAAGUGAUACAUCUUGAGUGAAAUCCCUCGUAGUAUAAGGGUCAACAUUCUGACAUAUUUUUGAAUUUAGAAUAAAAUUAAGAGCAUCUGUUCAUUUAUAAUCAAUCCACCACAGAGAAUAGGUGGGGAACAGAAAUCACCCUUCCUUGCCAGGCACUUAUUAGAAAACAUUUAAUCCUCUCAACUGUCACAAAUGUAGGGAUUUUUACAACUCAUUAUACAGAGAAGGAAACUGAUCUUCAGAAAGUUUAAGUAAAUUUGUCCAGUGUCACACAGCUAAUUAACGACUGAGCUAGAAUCAAAGCCAAAUCUUAUCUGGCUGCAAAGUCCAUGUUUUAUGCGGUUCCCCAAUAUCCUGGGCCUCCAAAGCACUUGGCUCUGGGGAGGAUCCUUGCUGCCCAGUCAGUUAAUCUUUGUUUUCCUGAAGUUUUUGCUGGUGGGUUGGCCACAGCUACUUUCAUGAUGCACUCCGACCCAGAGCCUGAAGUGAGGAGAGUUAGCACAGGAUGUCCCUGCUUCCCCAAGGAGAAGAGGUGGCUUGUUCUUUAUCUCCAAGUCCAUUGGCCACCACACAGAUGGUUUGUGUAUAUGAAAAUCAUCCAAAAGAAGAGACACAAGAAUGGAGUCCACACCCUCUCUGGCUUUCAGACCUUGGGUCCGGACAUUCAGCCCUGGUCUUUCCGGGCCCCACCAACAUACCACUUUUCAGCUGUAUUCAUCUCAACGUUUGGUGUCUGCUGGGCACGCUUUCUGACUUUGCAUGGGAGCAGUGAGAGGCUGUGGAAGCAGUAGGGCCAGAGGAAGGGGAGAAUAAGGAAAUCUGAGACUCAGGAACUGCAAGGCCUCUUGGAGACCCUGAGCUCUCUGGGAAUAGCCACAGAGUCUCUUUAUUUCAAUAAUCACAACAGCAGGCAUGACCCUUGUGCCCCGUGUGUUUGAAGUGCUGUCCUCACGGAAGCUCUUCACAAGAACCUUUGGAGAUAGGCACAUCCCGCAUAGAAUCCUAAGAGAUGGGCACUAUAAUUAUCCCCAUUUUUAUAGACGUGGAAGUAGAGGCACAGAGAGGUUAAGUAAUUUGCCCAGGGUCACACAGCUAGUAAGGGGAGGAACUGACAUUUGAACCCAGGAUUCUCUAGUCCAUGAGUUUAAGAUAAACAUCAUACUGCUUUUUGGUAGGCAGGGAGGGAGUGAGUGAACAAAUGAGUCUGGGAUUGGUGGCUAGACAGACAGACAAGGCCCCCAGAGGCAGCAUGAGGGGUACUUUGAAGUUGGCAGAGUUGAAUUGCAAUUCUAGCUCUGCCACCUCCUGCCUACAGGACCUGGGGCAGUAAUCUAAUGCAGAAGUGCUCGUUUCCUCAUCUCCAAAAUGGGAAUAAGGUCUUUGUGAGGAAUCAGGGAGAGAUCAUCCCUGUAAAGCCCUUAGCCCCAUACCCGGCAUCUAGUAAGGGCUCAGUAAGGGUUCACGGACAUUCUGCAGAUAGAUGGUAUUAAUGUGGCAUAAUUGGAGCUGUACUGAUCGAAAGUCCAUUUUGACAAGAACUAGAAAGGAAUGUGGAAACCGUUGUUAAAGGUCAGAAGAGAAUUAAAGUUUCUUCAAUGCUUUAUCAUUUUGUAAAAAAUGUUCCUAAAUGGAAUAAAUAAAAUAUACAUGCAGUGGGUGUUAAGUGGCCUUUGAUCCCAUUGCUUCAAAGUCUUAUCUUAUGGGGGGUAGUUUCUACCUCUGCAAAAAAGAGUUAGCACUUCAGGGCUGUGGUUAUAAUUCUGCCAAUGCUGAAUUUGCUAGGGGUUUGAGUAAAUUUGCAAUGAGAAGAAAAAAAGGGAAGUUUUAAAAAAUGACUUUGUAUUUUGUGGCUAUUGUACCUGGAAAUAUAAAAUUGAUUUAAAAUGCUACAUAGUUAUAAUUUCACAAAUGCCAGAGGAAUCAUCCCAAUCAAAGAAGGAUGCAAAAAUAAUUAAAUUAAGAAGGUGUUGGUGGGAUACAGCUUCCUCCUUUUAGCUACCAGUUGGAGUUUAAAUUCCUUGAGUAUUAGAGCCAGAACAAGUCUUCAGGACUGAUGAUUUUUGCUAUGAUGUGUCUGUUGGAGCCUCUGGAAGGGGAGACAACAUGAAAAGAGAGGCAAUUUCUGGAUGGUAGUGCACGUUUGGAAUUGGAAAAAGCAGUUAAAUUGCCAGUGAGCCCUAGUCAAAAUCAAAUGUCUGACUUGUGGAGGCCGAUGCCUGGCCAGUUUGAUGCGCAUGGUUUUGAGCUGGUCAAUUCAGACUCUAAGCCUGACUACAGGAAGAGGAAGCCUUGCUCACUUGGACCUGGACCAUGGCUGUCUGGUACUGUAGUAUGUCUUUCUGCAACAAGCCAGAGAGAAGCAGCUGGCUCUCUUGGAAUCCCAGAUUCACGGAUUCUUUUUGUCUGGACGUGAAAAAGCUAAAAACUGCUACAGGCUGCUGGGAGCUGUUUCAGUCCCAGCAGGAGCUUGCUGACCUGGAAGCAGACUCAGACUCCAUGAAUAGGACUCAGACCCUGCAACCAUUGGAGAUUUGGGACCUCUCCUGUGGAGCUCUAAAGGAUGAAAACCUCCAUCUCGGAUGCUGGCUGGACCAUCAGGCCACACGCGCAUGCCCACAGAAGAGGGCUUGUGCUCCGACGGGACCAUCUGAAAUCAAGCUGCUGGUCAGCUCUUCAUCGCUAAUGUGGAGGCUACCCACACCCUAAUUGUGAUCCCUGCCAACAGCCGCACAUUGGGGGAUGGCACAUCACAGGGACUGUGACCUCUCCACCUGCUGUUGACAGACAGACUUUGGCCUUCUUGACCGGGAUGUCUCACUGCUGUUGACUUGUGUUCGGCUUUCUAGAUCAGCUGCAACUCACCACAGUGGGCUGACAGUCUGAUUCUACUUCCUUACUCCACCAACCUCCAUCCACACUUAGUAAGGUAUGUUCAUUAUCUGAAUGUAGCUGUCUCCAGAGAGGGAUUGAUCGAGGCUGUUCACUGGAUAAAAGGAGUGGGAGGUUCUAUAAACCCAUUUUGAAAUUUUUUUGAAAACUCAGGCUUUCAUCCUCAUUAGUCAGCUAGGGCUGCCAUCACAAAAUGCCUUAGACUAGGGGGCUUAAAUAAUAGAAAUGUGUGUUCUCACGGAUCUGGAAGCCAGAAGUCCAAGACCAAGGUGUCGGUACAUUUGAUUUCUCUUGAGUCCUCUCUCGUUGGCUUGCAGAUGGCCACCUUCUCAUGUGUCGUGCCUUAGUUGCCCCUAGGUUUUGUUUGUGUCCUAAUCCUCUCUUCUUACAAGGAUGCCAGUCAGAUCAGAUGAGGGUCCACCCUAGUGAGUCCAUUUGAAUUGAAUCACCUCUUUGAAAGCCCUGUCUCCCCAUAGUCACAUUCUGAGGUACUGGGGGUGAGGGCUUCAGCAUAGGAAUGGGGGGUGGUGUUAGGGAUACAGUUCAACCCACAUCCUGACCAAUUCCCAAAUUUGUCUUUCUGGUUCAGUGAGAUAAAAGUGUUUAUCUGCAAAAAUGUAUGUGUGCCUCCUGCAUACAGCCCUUGCAGAUAAAAGGCCGGGAGGAGAAAAGGUGAUUGAAAGAAUGUUGUUGGGUUGCUAAACAUCGGGGCCUGCAGAUUUUGUAACAGUGGAUAAAAGUCCUGGCACCUGGGGAGCCUUGGGCAAGUGGCGGGGAGGGCAUUUAUGAUCUUGGUUCUUCAGAACUCUAUCUGGAAGCUUUCCCCUCUUCCUGACAUAAGACUCCAUGGCUGCCUUUCCAUGCACUGGAGUGCUUUGAGUUACCGCUGAGCCUGUGCUCACAGCUAGCAGUGCUGCCUGACAACAGAGGGGCCAGGCUCCUGCACUUCCCACACAGAAUGCACACGCACGAGGUGCAUAAACUUGUAUCAUGGACAGGCAGAACCAAGGGCUAGUUGGAUCUUUCAGACUGGACUGGAAACUCCAGGGCAGGAGGCCGCAUGGCAGGAGGCUUACGUUGGGGGCCCUGUUAACCUCCACUGCCUAACAUAUGUCCUGCUUGAGGUACCGUAACAUUGCAGACUCGUUUCUAGGGCGACCAUGUGCCCUCUGGGGUUCUACUUCCGUCUCUGUGCCCUUUCGCCACACUGCCUCCGCCCUGGAAGGCUUCAGAUCGCUUGAACUUGCUGGCCACAGCAAUGCUGGACCUGAAUUGGUACCUUGGGCCAGAUAAAAAUGAAUCAUACAGAAGUUUAGUGAGGAAGUCACUUGGCUUUCUAAGAGACUGGUUUUUUUUUUCUUUUAAUUGAGGUAUAGUUGACUUAUAGCAAAUCUAAAAUAGACUUUUAUGGUUAAUGGGAUUUAUUUUAACUGGCUAAAUGCAGGAUCCCUAAGGAGCAUGACUGAGACCAGUACUGCAGUUUGAUCUCAUCCUUUUGCAUGGGGUCUUACUGAUAAUAAAUUUGCUGUAUAGAAGCCUGGGCCAACGGCCAAGGUGGGGGAUGGGAGCAAAAGAGAGUUAACAGAGUAGGCCUGAGACUGCUCUCCUUGUUUGCAAGGCUAAUCCUUGGCUGACAUCUGCGUAGUUGGAUUUCUGCAGGGUUCUCAACAUUCCCUAAAUGAUAAAAGUGGCUCACUGGGCCUAAACUGUGCAAAUAAUAUGGUUUAUGCUGAAUACCUGUUUUCCUUCCAGGAAUCCAGAAUUUUGGUAUGUGCUAGGCAGAGGGUGCCUACCUGACCAGCCCCCAGUAAAAGCCCUGGGUAUUUUUUUUUUUAAAGAUUUUUAUUUAUUUAUUUGACAGAGAUAGAGACAGCCAGCUAGAGAGGGAACACAAGCAGGGGGAGUGGGAGAGGAAGAAGCAGGCUCAUAGCAGAGGAGCCUGAUGUGGGGCUCGAUCCCAUAACGCCGGGAUCACGCCCUGAGCCGAAGGCAGACGCUUAACUGCUGUGCCACCCAGGUGCCCCAUGGGUAUUGAGUCUCUAAGGAGCUUCCCUGGCAAAUAAUAUUUCACAUUUGUUAUCGUAACUCACUGCUGGAGGAAUUAAGUGUGUCCUGUGUAACGCCACUGGGAGAGGGCUCUGGGAAGCUUGCUCCUGGUUUCCUCUGCACUUUGUUCUAUGCACCUUUUUUCCCUUUGCUGAUUUUGCUUGGUAGCCUUUCGCCAUAAUAAAUUACAGUCUGCUGACAGUAAGACUCUCUGCUGAGUCCUGCGAGUCCCCUAACAAGUCAUCAAACUGUGGGGUAGUUUUGGGGACCCCCAAGACAGGGCACAAGGGGGACUUCUGGGGUGUUGGUAGUAUUCUCUUCCUCAAUUUGGGUGUUGUUUACGUGGGGUGGGUUCAAGUUGUGAAAAUUCGUUGAGCUGGACAGUUAUGUAAGCUUUUUCCCUGCAUAUCUUAAACUUCAAUAAAAAGAUAGAAGAUUAUACACCACAAGGAUAAAAAAUAAUAGCAACUUAAUUUUUUUUUAACUUCCUUUUAUUCAGCAAACAUUUCAGUUACUUCUUUUUACUAGGUACUGCUCUGGGAGCUUGGGACAUGGGCUAGGAGGCAGGUAAAGAAAUACAAUAUGGUCGAUAUUUGCUGGGCUCUAUCCGAGACAUCAUGGGGUGCAAAGGGGCACCUUUUGGGCUUCUAAGAGAAGGGCUUCUAACUUGGGCAUUUUGCUGUUCUAGGGUUACCACUUAGGUGCUUUGGGAAAUCAGGCAAAUGGGCAGAGGGUGAUAGCUGGGAACUAUUGCAAACUGGGGAAGUACGUAGGCAUAGAGUUGGAGGACCUUCUAGUUUUUGUUUGUUUGCUUUUUAGGAAAAAACACAAAUCUGAAUUUUUAUGUGAGCUCUUUUGAUUUUUAAGUGCUGUAAAUGAAUCCAAAUUUUCAAAAGUGGGAGGUCAAACAAAACACACCCCUGCAGGGUGUAUGGCCCUGGCCUACCAGUUUGCUGGGCAUUCUGCCAGCCAGCCAUACUUCCUCUUACCGGAGAUUCGAGGGUGCACUAUUUCAGGCCCUGGGAAAUAGAGCAGUGAGCAAGCCAGACAACUUUCUUCAAUGGGGGAGGGGGGGUUUGCUGCUAGUACUGUGCGUCUCAAACAUCAGUAUGUGUGGGAAUCACCUGGCAGUCACAUUGAAAGGUAGAUUCCUGAAUCAGGAGGUCUGGGGUAAGGCCUGAAAUUUUCUUUCUAACAAGUUCCCAGGUGAUGGUAAUGUUGGUGGUCCCUGAACCAUAUAUGCUUUGAGUGGAGUUGCUCUAUAUUCCGGAGGGGCUAAGUAGCAGCUGUUAUUCUGAAGGUAGGGACCUUGGCACGGAAGUGCGUCUGCCUGGCAAGCUCCGUGUUUUUACUUGGGUUUUAGCUUACUGGGGUGUCUUGGAAGAGAGCUGAGGACAUCGGAGGCGGCUGCCUGAGGCUGCCCUGCAAAGUCUCUAUUCUCAAGAGUUUAUAGUCUAGAAGGCCGAGUGGGGGUGGAAGGAGGUAUUAGGAAAAGCUUCCUGGAGGAGGUGCGUGGGAACUGCAGGAGCUUCCCCGGCCGCCGAGAAAGGGAGAAACCCUGAACUCCCCUCUCUCCUCGGGCCGGUCUCGGCAUCACCACGCCGAGUACGGUUUCUCAGGCAUCCCACGUGUCUGCUGUGCGCGAGUCCCUGUCAAUCAAGUCUUACCCCCUACCCCAGGGCGGAAUACGGGUUUAAAGGAGACCGCGGUGCAGAGCGCUCCCAUCGUGCCGCGCGGCGGGCGGGUUUGGAUUUUAAAUCCCCGCGGCCAAUCAGUGGCGCGCAGGCUCUUGUAACGUUCCCGGCGCCGCGUUUGAAUUCGAGGAGGAGCGAAGCGGUGCUAAGCCUCUGCACAGACCCAGCUAGGUCCGCGGAGCAACUCCGGGAACAUGAGUGCGGCGGCAACUGCAGGGAAGCUGGCGCGGGCACCAGCCGACCCAGGGAAAGCUGGGGGCCCCGGAGUUGCAGCUCCCGGGGCUCCGGCGGCCGCACCGCCGGCGAAAGAGAUCCCGGAGGUCCUAGUGGACCCGCGCAGCCGGCGGCGCUACCUGCGGGGACGCUUUCUGGGGAAGGGCGGCUUUGCUAAGUGCUUCGAGAUCUCGGACGCCGACACCAAGGAGGUGUUCGCGGGCAAGAUCGUGCCUAAGUCGCUGCUGCUCAAGCCGCACCAGAAGGAGAAGAUGUCCAUGGAGAUAUCCAUUCACCGCAGCCUCGCCCAUCAGCACAUCGUAGGCUUCCACGGCUUUUUCGAGGACAACGACUUCGUGUUCGUGGUGUUGGAGCUCUGCCGCCGGAGGUCUCUCCUGGAGCUGCACAAGCGGAGAAAAGCACUGACCGAGCCCGAAGCCCGCUACUACCUUCGGCAGAUUGUCCUUGGCUGCCAGUAUCUGCACCGAAACCGGGUUAUUCACCGGGACCUCAAGCUCGGCAACCUUUUCCUGAAUGAGGAUCUGGAGGUGAAAAUAGGGGAUUUUGGACUGGCAACCAAAGUGGAGUAUGACGGGGAACGCAAGAAGACCCUGUGCGGGACUCCUAAUUACAUAGCUCCUGAGGUGCUGAGCAAGAAAGGGCACAGUUUCGAGGUGGACGUGUGGUCCAUUGGGUGUAUCAUGUAUACACUGUUAGUGGGCAAACCACCUUUUGAGACCUCUUGCCUUAAAGAGACCUACCUUCGGAUCAAGAAGAAUGACUACAGUAUUCCCAAGCACAUCAACCCUGUGGCCGCCUCCCUCAUCCAGAAGAUGCUUCAGACAGAUCCUACUGCCCGCCCCACCAUUCACGAGCUGCUCAAUGACGAGUUCUUUACUUCCGGCUACAUCCCCGCCCGACUACCCAUCACCUGUCUCACCAUUGCACCUCGGUUUUCCAUUGCUCCCAGUAGUCUGGACCCCAGCAACCGGAAGCCUCUCACUGUCCUCAAUAAAGGCACAGAGAACCCCAUGCCCGAGCGGCCCCGGGAAAAAGAGGAGCCAGUGGUCCGGGAGACCAGUGAGGCGGUUGACUGCCACCUGGGCGACAUGCUGCAGCAGCUACACAGCGUCAAUGCGUCCAAGCCCUCAGAGCGGGGGCUGGUGAGGCAAGAGGAGGCUGAGGAUCCUGCCUGCAUCCCCAUCUUCUGGGUUAGCAAGUGGGUGGACUAUUCGGACAAGUACGGCCUCGGGUACCAGCUGUGCGACAACAGCGUGGGGGUGCUCUUCAACGACUCAACACGCCUGAUCCUCUACAAUGACGGCGACAGCCUGCAGUACAUAGAGCGCGAUGGCACAGAGUCCUACCUCACUGUGAGCUCCCAUCCUAACUCCCUGAUGAAGAAGAUCACCCUCCUGAAGUAUUUCCGGAACUACAUGAGUGAACACUUGCUGAAGGCGGGGGCCAAUAUCACACCUCGGGAAGGCGAUGAGCUCGCCCGGCUACCCUACCUGCGCACCUGGUUUCGCACCCGCAGCGCCAUCAUCCUGCACCUCAGCAAUGGCUGUGUACAGAUCAACUUUUUCCAGGACCAUACCAAACUCAUCCUCUGCCCAUUGAUGGCAGCCGUGACCUAUAUCGAUGAGAGGCGGGACUUCCGCACGUACCGCCUGAGCCUGCUGGAGGAGUACGGCUGCUCCAAGGAGCUGGCCAGCCGGCUCCGCUACGCCCGCACCAUGGUGGACAAGCUGCUGAGCUCCCGCUCGGCCUCCAACCGUCUCAAGGCCUCCUCGUAGGCCUUCCUCCCCUCCGGACUGGCGCCCCUUCUCAUCCUUACAGCAUCUUGGCCUGCACUGGUUAGCUCCCCUUGUGCUGUUUUCUAGAAUGUGCCCCCCAGCCCUGGGGGCUGGGGAGAGCUCCAUCAUCCUUGCUGGUGGGGGUCACCGUGUAAGUUAUUUUUGUACAUGUUCGGGUGUGGGUUUUACAGCCCUUCCUCUUCCCCCUCAGCCCCACCAUAUACAUUGUACAGAAUGCCGCUCUUGAAUCCUGGACUGUCCUUUCCUUGCCUUUAUAUACAUUAAACACAUGUGAAUCUUCUGUUUCUUCUGUA